AUGCUGCUUCUAGCUUCAGCUUUUUUUCUAACACUCCUGCAGUGCUCUAACGCCCAAACCAAAACAAGCAUUACACCUGCAGACUGUAAUACCGCUGAACAAGAUGCAGGAGUGGCCCUGGAUUUGGUCAACAAACAUCGCAGAGAUGGCUACGUCUUUGGUUUAUUCCGUGUUGCCGAUGCACACGAGCAACGUAUAGGAAAUACAUCAAUCCUCUACUUAACUUUGGAUGUGCUGGAAACUGAAUGCCCUGUACUAUCCAGGAGACAUUGGGAGUCCUGUGAAUACAGCGACAUCGCUCUCAUGGACUUUGGGCAAUGUAAGAUAAUCACAUAUACAACCCAGCUGCUGAAGAAACCUCAUCUAUAUGGAUUUAAUUGCACAUUAAGCCCAGUUCCUCCUGAUUUAUUAGAGUGCAAAGAUUGUCCUGUGAAAAUCGAAGUCUUAGAAGUCACCGAGCAACAUAAAGAUAUUGCUGCAAAGGCCCUGGAGAAAUUCAACCGUGAGGGUAACCACACAGGCUACUUCAAUGUGGACAAAGUUGAAAAGACUUUAAAGAUGACUGCCUCCCGUGAAGGUCAUAUUUUAGGAUUCUCUAUAAAAGAGACCAACUGUUCCAAAUCCGCACGACAAGCAGAUCAGGCAUUGGAAUGUGAUUUUCUGGACGACUGGCACGCUCACGUGGGAUUCUGUAAGGCAAGAGUUAUCAGUGAUCCAGAUGAAUCCGAUGGAACAGAUAUCAAGUGUGAGAUCUACGAGCCCUGGCAGCACAUACACGGGCACGGAUGCAGGCAUCCCCAUCCCCGUCAUCGCUUUGGUCACAAACACCGUCACAGACAUCCUAAGCAUGGAUGUCCACCACCUUCUCAGUUCGGACCUGAAGACCCCAAGCACAACGCUAGUUUCAAGGAAGAACAGCAAGACAGUCAUGAAGGACCUGAUUCUCCUUCUUCCUCCCACAGUAAACCACAUCACCACCCUCACCCUCCGCACCACUGUCCUCCACCUCCUCCCCAUGAUGGACCACAUCACCCACAUCACCACCCUCCUCCCCACGAUGAAACAAAUCCUCCUCCCCAAGAGGAACUAGAACAUCCCCCUUCUGCUCCUCCUCCUCAUGAUGAACCUCAUUCUCCUCCUCUUGGUCCUCCUCAUGGACCACCUUGUCAUCUCCCUCCUCAUGGACCACAUCACCACCAUCCUCCCCCGCAUCAUGGGCCACACUGUCCUCAUCCCCAUCAUCAUGGACCACAUCACCAUCCUCCUCCUCCUCCCCACGAUGAAACAAAUCCUCCUCCCCAAGAGGAAGUAGAACAUCCCCCUUCUGCUCCUCCUCCUCAUGAUGAACCACAUCCUCCUCCUCUUGGUCCCCAUCAUGGACCACCUUGUCAUCUCCCUCCUCAUGGACCACAUCACUCCCACCCUCCUCCCCACCACUGUCCUUUUCCUCCUCACGGACCACAUCACCACCAUCCUCCCCCGCAUCAUGGGCCACACUGUCCUCCUCCCCAUCGUCAUGGACCACAUCACCAUCCUCCUCCUCCUCCUCCCCACGAUGAAACAAAUCCUCCUCCCCAAGAGGAACUAGAACAUCCCCCUUCUGCUCCUCCUCCUCAUGAUGAACCACAUCCUCCUCCUCUUGGUCCUCAUCAUGGAUCACCUUGUCCUCAUGGACCACAUCCUCCUCCCCACCCUGGACAACACUGUCCUUUUCCUCCCCAUGGACCACAUCACCACCACCCUCCUCCCCACCACGGACCACACUGUCCUCCUCCCCAUCGUCAUGGACCACAUCACCACCCUCCUCACCACCACCACUAUCACAGACAUCACUGCAACAAGACAAGUAUAUCAGGAAAGUACUUUCCAUUCCACAUAACCGGAGCUGUCUAUCGCAUCCCAGUUCUAAAUCAACAUGAUUCUCUCCCAUCUCCCACUGCAAACUUUCUCGAGCUAUUCCAAAGGAAGCCUCACUCACCCAGCACUGGUGAAGGUUCUCCCUCUACUGGCUCAAAGGAAAUGCCAGAAGCUCUAGUUUUUCCAGAACACCCUACACAAUCAAAGUCAUGCCCUGGAAACCCCAAACUUGUUCUUCCAAAAAUUUUGCCUUUACUUCCACAUAGCUCUGUGGCAGAAAAAUCUUCUAGAUGA